AUGUCAAAAGCGAUAAAGCAGAAUUUGGCCGACUCGAAAAAGAUGAGUGCGGAGUUAUUCUGUCUUACUUAUGGAGCAAUGGUCACAGAAAUGUUGAAGGAUUAUGAAGAUCCAAAAGAUGUGACAAUUCAGUUGGACAAGAUGGGAUUUAAUAUGGGAACACGCCUCGCUGAUGACUUCCUCGCCAAAAAUGCUAAUGUUCCUCGUUGUGUAGACACCCGACAAAUUGCUGAUGUUUUAUGUCGUAAUGCUAUUCCGUGCUAUCUCGGUGUGUCAGCUACUGCCUCCUCGUGGACCAGCGGUGAUCGUGAGUUCACUAUAACUCUCGAAUCGAAUCCACUAACUGAGCUUGUGCAGGUUCCAACCAACUUGGUGUCAGCUGGUCUCUCUUAUUCUCAACUGAUUGCUGGUGCUAUCCGUGGUGCACUCGAAGCGGUACACUUCAAAGUUUAUGCAUCGGCAACUGACUCUGGUGCUAAUACGGAGAUCAGAAUCCGUUUCGAUCAAGUGCUGAAGGACAGCUUACCAGCCGGUGAAGAUGAUUAA